ACCAAUUUGAGAAACGUGGGUUGCAGUUCUUGACGCCCGUCUACUUCCGGUGUGAGCGGAGGGAUCUGGCGCUAUAUAAGAGGGCCCUGGCAGGCGCCGGAUCCUCUCUCUGGUCCUCGCAUCCAAGAUGACAAAGAAAAGAAGGAACAACGGUCGUGCCAAAAAGGGCCGCGGCCACGUGCAGCCCAUUCGCUGCACGAACUGCGCCCGAUGCGUGCCCAAGGAUAAGGCUAUUAAGAAGUUCGUCAUUCGAAACAUAGUGGAGGCCGCAGCUGUCAGGGACAUUUCUGAAGCGAGUGUCUUCGAUGCCUAUGUGCUUCCCAAGCUAUAUGUGAAGUUGCAUUACUGCGUGAGUUGUGCCAUCCACAGCAAGGUGGUGAGGAAUCGGUCUCGUGAAGCCCGCAAGGACCGGACACCCCCACCCCGAUUCAGACCUGUGGUGAGGUGCUGCCCCACGGCCUCCACCAAAGCCCAUGUAAGGAGCUGAAUCCUUAAGGACUGGAGAACAACUAUCUGGGAAAAAAUAAAAUGGAAAUUAUACUUAC